GAUCUGUCAUAAAAAUACACAUUUUCGACGAUCUUAAAAAUGUACGUUGUAGUAAGAAACUAUAUAAUUCCUUUCAAAAAAUAUGUUCCCAAACGUGAUCGUAAUGAAGAUAUGAUAAAAAAUGUUAUUAAUUUUUAAAAUAAUUCUAUAAUGAAUAUAAUUAAAAAAAUAAAAUAUCUGGAUUGUUUGCGGUGGUCGUAUACCGUACCAGUGUUGUGUUAUUUGGCGUUUUUCUUUAUGAUUUGGAUGCUAGCAGUACCUUUAAAGCAAAACAUAAAAAUCGUGAAGGAUUUGAAACUCGAUCCUGAAGAUUCAUUCGAAAUUAGAAUAAAAAAUAGUAAUUUUAAUACGGACAAAAAGGGAGGGCAAGAAUUUGUGGAAAAAAACGAAUAUCUUGUAAACUCGAACGAUGAAGAAUACACAAAUAAAGAUAGCACUAAAGUACUAAUGGAAGUUUUUCAAAAGGCUGAUAAAGAUAGAAAUAAAAAGCUCGAUUCUAGAGAACUAGCUCAGUGGAUAAGACGGAAAAUAGUCGAGCACAUCUUCAUAGCUGUAAGCACAAAUUUAGAUCUUUUCAAACAGAUUGACGUGAGUCCUCAAAAUGGGGUAAUAACUUGGAAAGAAUACCACACUUAUUUUUUGAAAAAAAGGGGUUUUAGCGAUAAAUACGUCGAUGAUCACGAUGAACGUAGACACAAAGGACUACAAAGAUCAUUGAAAGAAAAAAUUAUGAGAGAUAAAGCAUCUUGGAUGGAAGCUGCUAGAUCUAAUCCGGAUUCACUUACUCUGGAUGAAUUUUUAUCAUUUACUCAUCCAGAAUCCAGUGUAACUAACCAGUUAGUGCUAGUAGACGAACUUUUCGAUAAAUUUGAUAGAGAUGGCGAUGAAUUAUUAACGGAAAAUGAAUUUGCUGUUUUGCAAACUGAAGGUAACGGCGAUGAAACGUUAAUUGUGAGACAAGAUGAAAACGAACGUAGAGCGGAAUUCCGUAAGACUAUAGAUCUAAACGGUGAUGGUAAAGCAGACAGAAGAGAAUUGUUGCAUUAUGUAGCACCGCAAAGUCCUAGGCACAGCGAACACGAGGCGGAAGCUCUUUUGGCAUUAGCUGAUAACGAUCACGAUCAAAUGUUGUCUUUAGAUGAAAUCCUCGCACAUCCGGAUUUGUUUUUGAAAUCCAAAAUGGUAGAUACUGCCAGAAGUUUUCACGAUGAAUUUUGAUACUAGGAAUUGCUGUCUAAAAGUGAAUUAGUUUAUUGAAAUCAUUAUUCGAAGGGUAAACUGUCAUGAUUCCUUUAAAAAGCAAUUUUUUUAUAUUACGGCAAUUUAAUCAACCUCAUUGGAAUUGUCGUUUUUUUAUUUUUGUAAAAUAGUUUAAUGUUGAAUAAAAGUUAUGUCAAUUAA